GUGGACUGCAGCUCUUAUCCUCUCACCAUGACCCUCUUCAACUCUUUAUUUGCCCUCAUCUUCAUCAGCAGGAUUCUGGAAAACUCUCUGCUCAGUGCGGAGGUGAAAGAAGGAGAGAUUCUUCCUCCAACUAUUCAGAAGCUGAUGAAGGGAUACAACAAAUACCUCAGGCCGUUUUUUGACAAUGGUCCUGUUACAGUAGGCAUGAGUUUGGACAUCGCCAGCAUCGAUACGAUAUCAGAAAUCAACAUGGACUACACAGCUACGAUCUUCCUGCGGCAGCGCUGGACAGACGAGAGGCUGGUGUUUGAAGGCAAUAAGAGUUUGAGUUUGGACGGGCGACUCGUGGAACUGCUGUGGGUUCCAGACACCUUCAUCGUGGACUCUAAGAAGUCCUUCCUCCAUGACAUCACAGUAGAGAACCGACUGAUCCGGAUCUUUCCCAAUGGAACAGUUCUGUAUGCACUCCGAAUCACGACUACUGUCGCCUGUAAUAUGGAUCUCACCAAAUACCCCAUGGACAAACAGACAUGCACAUUGCAACUGGAGAGCUGGGGCUAUAACAUCAAUGACGUGAUGUUUUACUGGGCACGUGGGAAUGAGUCUGUGAGUGGGUUGGACACUCUUCGACUGGCCCAGUACACCGUAGAAGACCACUACACAUCUGUUUCUGAAGCCGUCUAUGAGACAGGAAAUUAUCCCAAGCUGAUCUUCCAUUUCGAGUUAAAAAGGAGCAUCCUGUACUUCAUUCUGGAAACGUACGUGCCCUCCAGUCUGCUGGUUGUUCUGUCCUGGGUCUCUUUCUGGAUCAGCCAGUCAUCGGUACCUGCACGCAUUUGCAUAGGAGUGACGACUGUCCUGACUAUGACCACACUGAUGAUGGGUGCCAGGACGUCUUUGCCCAAUGCCAACUGCUUCAUUAAAGCCAUAGAUGUGUAUCUUGGCAUCUGCUUUAGUUUUAUUUUUGGAGCACUGAUCGAGUAUGCAGUGGCUCACUUCUGCACACUACACCAUCCUGACUGCAACCACGCACUGAUGUACGGUCAGCACAUGCACAACUGUGAGGAGGAAAUGAACGGCAUCGUCACCACCAUCGCCAGCAAUUCGUCAAGGGUAAAACGACGUAAAGACCCUCCAGCCCGAGCGACCUCGCCAACCGCUGCUGGAGAGCCUGGUCUCGUGCCCUCCAGCCCGGCCACCAGUGAAGACAAAGAGGAGACCUUUAACCGCUGUGCCAAAAAUAUUUCCAUUUUCCGGAAGAUUCUGAGAUCUGCCAACUGCUGUCAUGUGAAAAACCCACAUUACAUAGACAACUACUCGCGGUUAACCUUCCCACUCUCAUUCAUCUUUGUUAACCUGCUCUACUGGACCUACUACCUGUACUUUUAACCAGAUAAUAAUGCUAAACUCCACUUAAUGUUCAAUGAUUUAUGUUUGUUAGUAUGACUGUGUGUGUGUGGGUGUGUGUAUGUGUGUGUCAGUGGAGGUUGGAAAAUUAGUAUUGUCAGUGAGUAUCUUUUAUGUGUAUAUGUGUAUGUUUAUGUGAAUAUCUCGACCCGUCCGGACUGAAGUGUAACGGAAACAUGUAGUAUUAUAUUACUGAAAAAGGGCCUAACAUAUCGACGUCUUCAGCAGACCGAUUGCUCUCCUUCAGUACAUCGCUGUCUGCAUCCUUUCACUUGUGUACGUCUUUUACCGCUCCAGAACUCUCUGACUGUAAUAUGUCUUCCUCAUGGCAUACGGAAGCCAUCGCUCCAUGUUUUUUGCUUCCAUAUAUUCUGUGGCCUCUUUUUGGUCAAGUUAUGGCGAUCGUCGGAUCGCAGGGGCCGUGUGAACUCUUUGUGAUUUGGCUUCAAAUGAUUCAUUCUUCUGAGCUUUUGCACAAGAUGUGUUUGUGGAUUCUGAGUUGUAACAGACUGUUUGGACGGACUAAACCGAGUCUUAACCCUUUCACAUGUACGAUCAAACCGGUGUGAUUACACUAGUUUGGGCUCAGACGUGUACGAUCAAACCGGUGAGAUCUGCAUUUGUGCUGCUGUUUACAAGCAAAAGAGGGACUGAAGGGGUUGUCAUAAUGAACCAGCUGCUCAAAUAGUCCUUUCAACAUCACAAUAUAUUUAUUUUUAUAUGUUACAAACAUUCAAACAAUCACUAAAAAAGUAUAAAAGUAUAAAGCCAUUACCAUCGGAGCGUACUGUUUUGAUGCAGUGCUGUGGCCAUGUUUUCUGACAUCAAACAACGAAUAUACAAACUAGUUAGUCCACUCAAGCUUUCUCCCAUUCCGUCCAUCACAUCCACUUGCGGGGCUGGGAAAGUGGAAGUGCUGGAUUUUUGCUUCUAUGAUGAGAUGAAUUCCGAAUCCCAUCUUGCAUUGCAACGAAAAUUGGCAGCGCGCAUAGCCGGCAAUCGCAUCUUAUCUAUCAUAAUCAAUCGUGAUAAACAUCUUUGGUGCACCUGCUGUGAUAAAAUCUGUCCUCCAGCGCAUCUGCUGUGAAGUGUAAGAUUUGUUUUAAUUACAGCGUGCAUUACAGAACUCACACUGUGGGGGUCCGUCAGUGCAGGAGAAACUCACAAGCGAAAAGGUUAAUGACCAAAGGCCAUGGACUACAGUAAUCUAUUUGGCAUACAUAAAAUAUUCUGUGUUUGGGACCUACUGAACAUUAAAGCGCUUGUCAUAUGGAUUAGGCUACAACAGCUCAUACUGUACUCUACUAAACAAUUUGAGUUUCUACAGAAGCCCUGAACUGCAAGGUUAGGUUUUAAGUAACUGCCUGAGCCUAUGUCCUAAAAAACAAACAAAAAAAUUCUUUUUUUUCGUCUGGAUAUUAUUUUUUUUCUCGCUGAUUUGUUUUUUCUUUUGUUUUGGGGUUUUUAUUUUGGGGGGAGGGGGGAUUUUCUCCCCUUUUUCUACCCAAUUUGGUAUGCCCUAUUCCCAAUGCGCUCAAAGUUCUCGUGGAGGCUUCACGCUAUCCACCGCGGCAUCCAUGCACAACACACCACGUGCCCCACCGAGAGCGAGAACCACAUUAUAGCGACCACGAGGAGGUUACCCCAUUUGACUCUAC